CCCCCCCCCCGCCCGGCCGCGAGCUCAGUGGCAGUAGCGGCCGGCGAGCCCGGGUGCGCCGUCGGUUCUCGAACGCGACCGCUGAGGAGCCCGGCGCCAUGUUGGAUCGGAGGGGUAACUGGGCAAGCGAUUGAGGCGGCGGGCUCGGAGCGGAGCGGGGCCGACAGGGCCGGCCGACAAGAGCCCGCCCCUCCGGCCCUCGGAUCAUGAGCGGGGCGGAGGCGGCGGAGGCCGCGGAGGUCGCGGUGGCGGGGCAGGUGCCCUGGCGGCGCGGGAGCUAGAGAUGAUGCAAUUUGCGGUGACCACCCAAGGAGCACACCACCAGCCUCCGGCCCUGAAGCAAUACGGCUUCUCGUCCCCUAUCAGCCUGGCCACCCCCAAGGCGACGGACCGUGAACUCACCCAGAAGCUGAUCGAGACCCUCAAGCCCUUUGGCGUGUUUGAAGAGGAAGAGGAACUGCAGCGCAGGAUUUUAAUUUUGCAAAAAUUAAAUAAUCUGGUGAAGGAGUGGAUCCGAGAAAUCAGUGAAAACAGGAAUCUUCCACAAGCUGUAAUUGAGAAUGUUGGGGGGAAAAUAUUUACGUUCGGCUCUUACAGACUAGGCGUACAUACGAAAGGUGCUGAUAUCGAUGCAUUAUGUGUGGCACCAAGACAUGUGGAUCGGAAUGACUUUUUCACCUCGUUCUAUGAUAAAUUGAAACUACAGGAAGAAGUCAAAGAUUUAAGAGCUGUUGAGGAGGCCUUUGUGCCAGUUAUCAAACUGUGUUUUGAUGGGAUAGAGAUUGAUAUUUUAUUUGCAAGAUUAGCAUUGCAGACUAUUCCAGAAGAUUUGGACCUAAGAGAUGACAGUCUACUUAAAAAUUUAGAUAUUAGAUGUAUAAGAAGCCUUAAUGGUUGCCGGGUAACUGAUGAGAUUUUACAUCUAGUACCAAACAUUGACAGCUUCAGGUUGACACUGAGAGCCAUCAAAUUGUGGGCCAAAUGCCACAAUAUCUAUUCCAAUAUUUUAGGUUUCCUUGGAGGUGUUUCCUGGGCUAUGCUAGUGGCCAGAACAUGCCAGCUUUAUCCAAAUGCAAUAGCAUCAACUCUUGUACGUAAAUUUUUCUUGGUAUUUUCUGAGUGGGAAUGGCCAAAUCCUGUAUUAUUGAAGGAACCAGAAGAGCGGAAUCUUAAUUUGCCUGUAUGGGACCCAAGAGUGAAUCCCAGUGACAGGUACCACCUCAUGCCUAUAAUUACACCAGCAUACCCACAGCAGAACUCCACAUAUAAUGUGUCUGUGUCAACCAGGAUGGUUAUGAUUGAGGAGUUUAAGCAAGGGCUUGCUAUCACACAUGAAAUUUUGCUAAAUAAAGCAGAGUGGUCCAAACUUUUUGAGGCUCCUAGCUUUUUUCAAAAAUAUAAGCAUUACAUUGUCCUUCUGGCAAGUGCACCAACUGAGAAACAGCAUUUAGAAUGGGUGGGCCUGGUAGAAUCCAAGAUCCGUAUCCUGGUUGGGAGCUUGGAGAAGAAUGAGUUUAUUACGCUGGCACAUGUGAAUCCCCAGUCAUUUCCAGCGCCCAAAGAGAAUCUUGACAAGGACAAAUUUCGUACAAUGUGGGUGAUCGGCUUAGUGUUAAAAAAGCCAGAAAACUCUGAAAUUCUUAGUAUUGAUCUGACCUAUGAUAUUCAGUCUUUCACAGAUACAGUUUAUAGACAAGCGAUAAAUAGUAAGAUGUUUGAGAUGGAGAUGAAGAUUGCUGCCAUGCAUUUAAGAAGAAAGGAGCUUCAUCAGCUACUUCCUAAGCAUGUGCUUCAGAAAAAGGAAACACAUUUAACAGAAGGUGUUAGAUUGACAGCCAUGAAUGACAGCAGCCUUCUCUUGUCUGUGGAUGGUGAGAACAGCGUGUGUGUGUCAUCACCUACCAGCACUAUGAAAACUGCCUCAUUGGCUGGGAACCCUCAGGGCAGAAACAGUCCUGCCCUGGCUGUAAUGGCAGCAUCUGUGACCAGCAUACAGUUUCCUGAAGUUUCCUUGCAGCAUGUGAAUCCCAUAGAAAGCUCAGGGAUUGCACUGAGUGAUAGCGUUCCUCAGAUUCCCUCACAGCCUACCAUUGCCCCUCCACCUAAGCCUAGCAUGAACAGAGUUGUUUCUUCAACACAUCUGGUAAACCAUCCACUAGACCUUCAGGAACUACAACGACAAACAUACCUAACCCUAUACUAGGAGUCUAGAGGCCAUUCUCACCUAAUAAAAGAAGAAAGGACCAAGAAAAAUCACAACAGAAGGGGAGGAAUCAGAUAAAGCAAUGCAGCUCAGAAACUCUUGAGACACCAGCUUCUUUAUUGGCCUCAGGAAACAGCUGGGAACAGAAACCCAGUAUCCCUCCUCUUCCUGGAGAUCCUCUUCCUGCUGGCAAGAAUUCAGUAAAUCUGAAUGGAUAAAAACCAUCUCAGAAGGCCUGUAAAUGAAUUUUUGCAAAUUGAACCUGUUGCCUUCAAAUGUCAGAGCAGGAUGAGGAUACCAGGCUAAAUAUGGCACAGAAUGGAGUGGUGCUCAUUUGAGAACAUCCUUUACUGGCUCGAUCUUGCCCUGAAGUCCAGAUUACUGUGUGAAACCUGGCGUACUCUUAUUUAUGCCUCAGAGUAUUAAUGGGUCACCAGCAGUUAAAUGAAUUAUUGCAGACUCCUACUCUUAGAAGACAACCCUCCAGCUAUAUUUCUAUUGAUGUAUUGAAUUUAUGUUUGAUCUGUUGUUGGAAAAAUUUGCAAUACGAACUAGUAACUGAACUCCUUAUAUUAGUAUGCAAUUUAUGACUUUCUUUUUAGGAAUUAGAACUAAUUUUUAACUCUUCACUUUGGUGAAUUUUCAUGUGUGGAUGUGGAGUGUGGGUAUGGGUGUGGGGUGUGGGGUG